UAGAAAUAGGACACCAGUGGAAGUGCGCGCACACAAAGCAAAGCAAAGCAAACGCACACACGAAGACACACAAUCCCCCCACUGUCGUGCGUCCCCACCACACACCUCCAUCGAAGCUUGCGACCGAGGAAGGCAAUCGUACACGCGCGCGAACACACACACACACACAUACACACACACACACAUACACACACACGGCAGACAGCAGCAAUACCGCUGCCACACAAAGACGAAGCAACCAGCAAGGAUGUCCGAGCCGCAGGAUGAGGUGGAGGUGGAUCUGGAAGCAUUUGCAGAGGCAGACGAGGCAAGGAUGAACGAGGACGACGGUAGUGAGGGCGAUGGCGAUGACGGAGAAGAGGAGGAUGAGGAGGACGAAGAUGCAGAGGGUGAUGAGGAUGAUGAGGAGGAGGACGAUGAAGAUGAGGAAGGGGCUGACGAAGACGAAGAUGAGGAGGACGAUGAAGAGGAGGAGGACGAGGAUGACGAGGAAGAUGAGGCGGACGCGUCUCAGGUGUCAGAGGCCACGCCUCGCGCCGUAGCACAGGUCCCGCCCAGUGACGACACACAGUGGCAAUCAACAGAGGAGUUUGCAACCAGUCCAGGCAAGGAGGCCAUGCAGACUGGCGAUGAGGAAGAGGAGGAUGAAGAUGAAGAAGACGAAGAAGGAGACGAGGAAGAGGAAGGCGAUGAGGAGGAAGAGGACGAGGAAGACGAAGAGGAGGGGGAGGAAGAAGACGAAGACGAAGAUGAAGAAGACGAAGAAGAGGACGAGGAAGAGGAAGGUGACGAGGAGGAAGAGGAGGACGAAGAAGCAGAGGAUGAAGCUGAGGAAGAGGGCACAGAGGCCACAGCGAACGGCCAACAAGAAGCGGCGUCAGCUUCCACAGCCACUGGCAUUUCCGCAAUCAAGACCAACAGCACGAGCAAGGCAGCGUCCGAGUCAGCGGGCAAGGCCCAGGAUGCGUCUGCUGCUGUGCCGACGGUGUCCAACGCCAACUUGAAGAAGGCGAGCAAACGGUCGUCCAGCCGUCGGAGUACGAGCACGCGCCCCACCACGCCCGCCGCGUCCGCCACCGCCACCAAACCAGUCGCGAGCAGUGGCAGCAGCGCACAGAAGCGGCGAUCCGGCACAGCGUCAUCCACAGCUGGCGCCAAGAAAGCAACAGUAUCACGCACAACAGCGCGGAGGAGAAACAAGGACGAAGGGUGGAAGGGCAGAUACCGUGUGCUCAAGGAGAAGAUGCGUACACUCGUCUACGCACAAGAGGCGCUGCUUGAAGAUCUGCAGUUGGCACAGGCCUACAUCGGCCGCCUUUAUCAGGAGAGGGACUAUCUGCUUGAGAAGUUGAGUAAAGUGGAGGCGGCGCCGGAAUCGCACGAUUCGAGUGACGACGACUUUGCCGCCACCACCCCAGCAAGCAAGAAGAAGCCGCAGUCGAAAGCGAAACGAAAGCGCACCUCUGCUGCCACCACUGACAAAAAGGCGAAAACAUCCUCGUGACACACACGCACGCAGGCACACGUGUUGUUGGCCUCGAUGUUUGCGUACGCUUGUUACACGCUGAGUCGAUGUGUGUGAAUGUGUGUGUGUCUGUGUCUGUGUGAAUGUGUGAAUGUGUGUGUGUGUGUGCUCUGGGCUUUGUUUGUUUGUAUGACUUUGUGUACUUGGCAGUCAUGCAACGCGUGAGAGACAAGGGACAAAACUAUUCCAAUGAACACGAGAACGAGCGAA